UGUAUAAAUAAACUCACAAGAUAGGUAGGCACUUAUCCUCAGACAAAGAAUAUAGUUUGGCAAAUUCCUAUCAGAAUAUAACCAAACGAAAGACAAAGAAGAGGAGUAUAGCCUGAAGGGAGAAGAACUCCAAAGAUGUCGAAUUUACUUGUCACGUUACCCUUGCAGCUCUUCUGUCACCUGGUUGGUACCACGAAUUGUAUUUACGAAAACUUUACCUCAGUUCCAGGUCAAAACUCAGUGAGCGUAUCACAACCCAAGGCGUUGCCCAUAGGAUAUACAGCCUUCCCAGAUGUCAGUACGGCCUACAAAUGGGUUGAGGUUGCCGCACCGACAUGGAACGAAGCUAGAAAACGUUGUAUUCUGGAGGGUGCUAACUUGGCAAGUCCCGAUUCGUUCAAAAAAAUUCGUUACGCGUACUCUGUGACGAACGGCAAAGUUCAGCCAUACUUGGGCAUUCACAAAACUUACGACGGCCAUGAAUGGACGAGCGAUAGAACUGGUCUACCUCUCACUUCAUUACCAUGGGCACCCAGUGCCCACCCUCAAGAUGUAGAGAAAAAGGUUACGUAUCUCAAUGUCGAAGGACUACGAGAAGAUGCCGGCGAUACAACAGGAAGCUUCAUUUGCGAAAUUAUUCUCGUAUAGAGCGGUUCCUUUUUUUAAAACCAUGUAACACUUUUCAGUGUCUAUUAUCAAAGAAAAGUUGUAAAAUCCCACUUUUUGUAACAAUGAA